AUGCUGUCGUCGCUGCUACUGCCGACGCUCGCUGCUGGUGGUGUUGACGUGAACGUCGCCGCUCUUUUCAUGCUCUCGUACAAAGCGGUGUCGACCGCCGAGAGCUGCGCUGGCGUGGGCAACUGGCGGAAUGGCACGUGCUGGGAGAUUGAGCCGAUGCAAGCUGUAGUCGUCAGCGCGCUACUCGGAGUGACGGACUUCAAUUCGCGAAACGCAAGUGCUCUCCCCGCGCUUAGAUCUUUGACGGCUUGCGACAAGCAGCUCCGAUUUCGGUUGCUCGACAGCGGCGGCUCGGUCUCAAAGUCAAUCCUCGCGCUGGGAGACCUUUCCGCUGGCACCGACCUCGUCAUCGGACCCGGCCGCAGUUCCGUCUCAACCACCAUAGCGCGCAUGACCGGGGCUCACAACAUCCCUCAAAUCUCGUACUGGUCCACAUCGCCCGAUCUUGACAACAUCGCUCGCUACCCGCGAUUCAUGAGGACCAUUCCCUCCGACCUUAGUACUGCGUCGAGCCUCUGCAACUUGUGGAAGCAUGAGCUCGGGCUUUCAAACGUGGCCGUGCUCUUCGUAGAUGAUCCGUACGGCCGCGCCUACGAGGAAGCAGCGAAGGCCGCUUGCCUGACCCUCGGGUUGACGUUUGUCAGCAGGGAGUUCUCCAACUCCAAUGAGGAUUCAAUCCGCGAGGAGUCGAUCCGUUCUGCGGCCAUCAGCCUAUCCAGCAGUGGCGCCAAGGCGGUGCUAGUCAUCACUUUCCCAACGAGCCUUGGCCUGAUUGUAGAGGCCGCGCUGGUCACCGGCCUGCUCAGACCUGGCACCUCCUUUAUGUUUGCAGACGGUGUCACCGCGGCGGAGUUGGACAUGGUACACGGAGAGGGGCGGGCCGCGCUGAACGGUAGCCUGCAGAUCAAGGCGUGCGGCGCGACCGACGACAAUCCGCAGUGGGCGAGGUUUGACGACGAGCGAUGGGCGACACUUCAGCCCGGAGACUUCAACGAGCACCUGCCUGCCGACUGGCAGCUGCGCGACAACUUUUUUCGCGAUCCGCUAUCGAGAGGCUGGCUGCCAUCCGGCGGCUCGUUUGCUUACGACGCUGUCGUGGCGGCGGGGUUGCUAUCGUGCAACGUGACCCCGACGGGCCCGCUUUCGUCGUCAUUUGGCACGCGGUUCUGGGAGUCCAAGCAGACGCUGUCGUUCGAAGGCCUCUCGGGGCGCGUGGAGUUCGACGAGAAGGGCGACAGGAGUGGUGCCAAUGUGCACCUGUUCAACCUGGUCGACCAGGGUGGCUUCUCCGAGAAGUACGUGGCGCGACUCAGCAGCGGCGAGUGGGUCUGGGAGGGCG